GAAUGGUGGCUGCUUAGCUUUGGUGCGUCGUCUUCGCUGGGCAAACCAACACGGCGGCGACCGAUUCCCACUCGGUGCGUAGGAAGUCCUUCUCCAAUAGCGACGUCAUAUCCUGUCUACGCCCGCCCUCCUUCCCCCCCCACCCCCGCGGCCCCACCUACCCGAUCAUGCUCCGAUCGGUGUUCUCUUGAUGCCUUCUCCUCUCCUCCGCCGCGGCCGCAGUCCCUUCGAUUCCGUGCGGGGGAAUAGAAGUAGCAGCAGGGGGAGCAGCCACGAUGGCUUCGAUCCGCCGCGCCCCCUUUGCCGCCGUCCGUGAUCGCCCCUCGAAGGGCCAGUCGUUGCUCGGCCGGCCUGCGCAAUCCUCCCCCUCUCUGCUCCAUGGCCUACGAUGCCUCCUCGGCGGCUUACCCGCCCGUAGAGGCCCCUGGCGCCGAUCCUUCCUCCGCGCCCUCCUCUUCGCCUUCCUCGUUGGCUUCUUCUGGGGCCUCUUCUCCUUCCCCGACCUCGACGACGCCGGCAGCCUCGCGCCGCCCCAUGGCUUCUUCUUCGACCCCGUCCGCUCCGCGAACGCCACCGCCGCUGAGGAGCCCGUGGAUCCUUUCAGCAAGCUGUUGAUCAUCGUGACCCCCACGUACAACAGGGCCUCCCAGGGGUACCACUUGAACCGCCUUGCCCACACGCUGAAGCUCGUUCCCCCGCCUCUCCUCUGGAUUGUCGUCGAGACGAAGACGGCCACCCUCGAGACCGCCGACAUCCUCAUGAGGUCCGGCGUCAUGUACAGGCACCUCGUCUGCCGCAAGAACACUAGCGUCAGCCUCCACAGAGACGUCCGCCAGCGCCACACCGCGCUCAAGCACAUCAGGCACCAUCGCCUGGACGGCAUCGUGUACUUUGCUGACGACGACAACGUGUACUCCCUCGACCUCUUCGAGCGAUUGAGACGGAUCAGGAGAUUUGGCACUUGGCCUGUGGCAAUGCUUUCUCAAAGCAAAAAUAAGGCAAUUCUCGAAGGCCCAGUAUGCAGUGGAGGUCGAGUGAUUGGAUGGCACACGAACGAAAAGGGCAACAAUCUCCGGAGAUUUCAUGUUGAUAUGUCAGGUUUUGCAUUCAACAGCACCGUACUAUGGAAUCCUAAGAGGUGGAUGUACCCAAAAGAUGCCAUUGAGCUUCUGGACACUGUAUCAGAAGGUUUUGAGGAUACAGGAUUUAUUGAACACAUAGUCGAGGAUGAACACCAAAUGGAAGGCUUACCUGAUGAUUGCUCGAGGAUUAUGAAUUGGCGUAUGCAUUUGGAAGCUAAAAAUCGUGUUUAUCCUAGGGGAUGGCAAACCUCAAAGAAUCUUGAUGCUAUCAUUCCUUUGAAAUAGGAAUUAUAUUUUUUCAAAGUUAGGUGAUUCAGGGAGGAGACAGACCGCUGCAGUACCGAGCUUUGAAGUUGAAGGGAGCCAUUCUGCUUCACAGCAGGGCAUCUGCUCAUGGAUGGCCCGGUGCCGCCAUUAACAUUGCAUUUAAUUUGUAUUCGUUAUUCUUUGAGAGGACCAUCCUGGGUUUUCUACAGGUCCCCCAAUGUGUACUAGGCGUAAAUAACAUUUGCUGAAGAGGCACAUCAUAGAAGAGUGAUUGCAUUUACAAGAAGCUAUCUUAGCAUUGAUUCUAUGGUUAGUAUUCUGACUUAGAGUAGACGUUUCUGCAGGCGUUCAAAUUUGAAUGAUGAAUGAUGAAUAGUAAGGCGUUUGAUAGGAAAACAAAUGUGGAAUAUGUAAUUGUUGAA